UGGCCCUUCUCCACUAGUGAUUUGUACAAUUGGAAAACCCAGACUCCCUCCUUCUCUGAAAAACUACAGGGUCUUAUUGAUCUUUUAGAGUCUAUCCUUUUUACUCACAAUCCCACUUGGGAUGAUUGUCAGCAACUGUUACAGGUGCUUUUCACUACAGAGGAGCACAAGCGGAUCCUGUCAGAAGCUCAGAAGAAUGUGCCAGGGGUGGAUGGGAGGCCCACAAUACAGCCUAACCUCAUUGAGGAGGGAUUCCCCUUGGUGCGACCCAACUGGGACUUCGAACGCGCUGAAGGUAGGGAGCAUCUCCAGAUGUACUGUCAGACUCUUAUGGCCAGCCUUAGAGCAGCCGCCAGGAAGCCAACUAAUUUGGCCAAAAUAAAUUCAGUGAGGCAGGAACCAAAUGAGAGCCCAGCAGCCUUCCUUGAAAGGAUAAUGGAAGCUUUUAGACAGUAUACCCCUAUGGACCCACAGGCAGAUGAGUCACGAGCGGCAGUUAUGUUAGCAUUUGUAAAUCAAGCAGCCCCCGAUAUUAAAAAAAAGUUACAAAAGAUAGAGAGGUUAAAUGAACAAUCCUUGCAAGAUCUAGUGAGGGCAGCUGAGAGAGUUUUUAAUCAUAGAGAGGCCCCAGAAGAGAGAGAGGACCGCAUUAGAAGAGAAGAAAGAGAAUUUAGAGCUGAAGAAAACCGUAAAAAUCAAAAAGAGCUGGCCCAGAUAUUUUUUGCUGGGGUUGAAAACAAAAACAGGUUCCAGAAAGGGAAAAAAUUGGACUCAAAAGACUGAAAAAAAAAACCGACAAGGCGUAAGCUUGAGAAAAACCAAUGUGCGUUUUGUAAAGAGUUUGGACAUUGGAAAGAUAAAUGCCCCAAGAAAAAUCUAAAAGAGGGGCCCAAGAACCCCAAGAACGAGACUCCCUCUCCAGACAGUCUUAUCUUCUACGAGGGUGAGGAUAGCGACUAGGGGGGUCAGGGCUCGAAGCCCCUCCCCGAGUCCUGGGUAACCAUAAAUGUGGAGGGAAAACCGGUUGGCUUCAUGGUGGACAUGGGAGCCCAAUACUCAGUCUUAAACCAAAAAGAUGGACCCAUGUCUAAGAAAAGUAGCUGGGUGCAGGGAGCAACCGGGACUAAGCGAUAUGGAUGGACUACAAAACGGCAUGUGAACUUGGGGGCCCACCAGGUAACCCAUUCUUUUCUGGUGAUACCUGAGUGUCCGGUGCCCUUGUUGGGAAGGGAUUUACUGUCUAAAGUAAAUGCCCAAAUUCAUUUCGACCACGGACAAGUGUCGGUUUUAGAUGGGACCGGGCAACCUCUUCAGGUCUUGUCUCUGGCAUUAAAAGAUGAAUACAGACUCUACUUGCCAGAGGCCCCAGCAACAAUAAGCCCCGAAGUACAACCAUGGGUUCAAAGAUACCCUCAGGCCUGGGCUGAAACUGCAGGAAUGGGACUAGCCAAACAGAGGCCCCCUAUCAUUGUGGAACUGAAAGCCAGUGCUUCCCCGGUGAGGGUACGACAGUAUCCCAUGAGUCAAGAGGCUCGACAAGGAAUUACUCCUCAUAUACAACGCCUCAUAGACGCUGGGGUCCUAAAAAGGUGCCAGUCCCCAUGGAACACUCCCCUGUUGCCUGUGAAAAAGCCUGGGGGAACUGAUUUUAGACCGGUUCAAGAUCUACGAGAAGUCAACAAAUGGGUGAAUGAUAUUCAUCCUAUGGUUCCUAACCCUUAUACACUGCUAAGCAACUUGCCUCCAAACUACAUUUGGUACACUGUUUUAGAUUUAAAAGAUGCCUUUUUCAGUUUGCCUCUUGCCCCCGCAAGCCAAGAGAUCUUUGCCUUCGAAUGGCAGGAAGACGGUGGUCAGACCCCUGUGCAGCUGACAUGGACUCGCUUACCACAGAGUUUCAAAAACUCGCCCACGUUAUUUAAUGAGGCCCUGGACAAAGACCUCCGUGAGUAUCGGGUUGAACACCCUACCAUUGUUUUAUUACAAUAUGUUGAUGACCUUAUGCUGGCAGCGGCUACAGAGAAAGAGUGCCAAGAGGCAACAGGUGACCUUCUCCAAACCUUGGGGACUUUAGGUUACAGGGCUAGUGCCAAAAAGGCCCAGAUUGCCAAGCAAGAGUUUACAUACCUCGGUUAUAAGAUAAAACAGUGCCAGAGGUGGCUAACACAGGCUAUAAAAGAAACCAUCCUUCAGAUCCCUGAGCCGGCUAACCCUAGACAAGUGAGAGAAUUUCUGGGAAUGGUGGGAUAUUGCCGGUUAUGGAUCUUGGGGUUUGCAAAAAAGGCCAGGCCCAAAGAAAACAAGGACUGGAAAUGGACUGAGCCAAUAAAAGAGGCCUUCCAAGAGCUCAGGCGAGCCUUGCUAGAAGCUCCUGCCCUUGCCCUCCCUGAUCCAUCUAAGCCUUUCCAAUUAUUUGUAGAUGAAAAGCGGGGGAUAGGAAAAGGGGUACUAACACAGAGAUGGGGACCAUGGAAGCGACCUGUAGCUUACCUUUCCAAGAGACUGGACCCAGUGGCAGCCGGAUGGCCACCUUGUCUCCGUAUCAUCGCGGCCACCGCGCUCUUAGUCCACAAUGCUGAUAAACUGACUUAUGGACAGAGACUCUUGGUCUACACUCUUCAUGCCAUAGAGAGAGUUUUAAAGCAACCCCCAGGUAAAUGGAUUUCUAAUGCCCGCUUGACGCACUACCAGGCCUUGCUACUUGACACCCCACCGAUUCAUUUCCAAACGCCCUGCACUCUAAAUCCGGCCACUCUUUUGCCCAAUCCAGGGGAAAAUAGCCCCCUCCAUGAUUGUGAUGAGGUCCUGACCGGGGUAACAGCAAUGCGAAAGGACUUAACCAAUACUCCACUGGAUAACAGUGAGCUAAAAUGGUUCACAGAUGGCAGCAGUUAUGUAAAAGAUGGACAGAGACGGGCGGGAGCCACAGUAGUAGAUGACUCUGGACAGACGAUAUGUGCAGAGGCCCUUCCCCUGGAUACCUCAGCACAAAAGGCAGAGUUAAUUGCCCUGAUUCAAGCAUUAGAGAGAGCCAAAGGAAAAAAAAUAACCAUUUUCACUGACAGUUGCUAUGCUUUUGGCACGGUACACAUCCAGGGCCCGAUAUAUCGGGAACGGGGGUUUUUGACAGCUGAAGGAAAAGAAAUUUAAAACUUGCCUGAAAUCCGUAGACUUUUAGAGGCUGUACAGAUGCCUCGGGCUGUGUCAAUAGUACACUUACCUGGACAUCAGAAGGGUGACAGCCCCACGGCACGAGGAAAUCGUGCCACAGACCUGGCAGCUCAAAAAAUAGCUGAUGAAGAUUUCAUCACCCCUGUGUUGGCGAUCGGACUUCCACCUCCAGGUAUGGGAACUCUGCCCCCAACCCCUGAGUAUUCAUCCACAGACCAACACUGGGAAAUAGAUUUCACCGAGGUAAGGCCAGGCAAGUAUGGUUACCGGUACUUGUUAGUGUUGGUGGAUACCUUCUCAGGGUGGGUGGAGGCUUUUCCUACAAAGGGAGAAACUGCGAUGAUAGGGGCAAAAAAGAUUUUAGAAAAAAUAGUUCCCAGGUUUGGCCUGCCAGUGACCAUCGGCUCUGAUAAUGGACCUGCUUUUGUGAGUCAAAUAGUUCAGAGCCUUGCCCUAGCCCUAGGGACUAAAUGGAAGUUACAUUGUGAAUACAGUCCACAGAGCUCAGGGCAAGUAAAAAGAAUGAAUUGGACUCUAAAAGAAACUUUAACUAAAUUGGCUAUAGAGACUGGCGGGGACUGGGUGACCCUCCUUCCCUUCGCCCUCUUCCGUGCGUGUAAUACUCCUUAUCAACUUAAUCUGACCCCAUUUGAAAUUCUGUAUGGGAGACCUCCCCCUGUAUGUCCAAUAUUUGAAGGGAAAAAACUACUGCCUCCCACGUUGGGGCAAUUCCAAGAAGCCCUGAUGGCCUUAAGCAAGGUGCACUCUCGUGUCUGGAAACUGCUCCAAGAAAUACAUGUGGGUCAAAAUAAGGGAACUAUUCCCUCACAUGACAUUGGCCCCGGAGACUGGGUAUGGGUCAAAAGGCACCAAACCAAGGCACUAGAACCCAAAUGGAAGGGUGCUUAUGUUGUUCUUCUUACCACCCCAACUGCCCUAAAGGUCAACGGUAUCGGGCCUUGGGUGCAUUGCAACCACGUACGC